AUGAGAAAGAUAAACCAGCUUCUUCGAAAGAAUAAACGUGAAUUAGAUAGGUCGGUCAAUCAACUUCAACCUUUGAAAAAAAAGACAGAAGGUUUAAUCAGAAAAGCCGCCAAGGAAAAGGACUACAAGACUGCCAAAUUGUAUGCUAAGGAAUUGAUUAAUAUCAAUCGACAAUACAAUAAACUAUACACAUCCAGGACUAGAGUCGAGUCAAUCACAAUGUCCAUCAACGAGCAGUAUCUGAUGAACAAAUUGACCAAGUCUAUACACUCAUCCACCUCGAUUAUGAAGGAUGUCAAUCUGUUGAUUCACAUUGGUGCUGUGUCGCAAACGAUGCAAGAAUUGUCAAAGGAGUUGACGAAAGCGGGCAUCAUCAAUGAGAUGAUGGACGACAUGGUGGACUUGGACUAUGAGGAAGACGAAGAAUUGGAAAGCGAGUCACAAGAAGAAGUUAAUAAGAUAAUAGCCAACUUGACCGAGGAAAAGACUAGCAAGGUUUCAGAAGUUCCUACUACACAACUCGAGGCGCCACAAUUGGAGGAGGAGGUACCAGCCACAGAAGAAGAAGAAGAUGAAGAGGAUAAUAUUGCUAUUGACGAGAUAAAACAAAGGCUCAGAGCACUACAAUCGUAG